CUUUCCCUCCACCGCGCCUCACUUAUAAUAACCGCCUCAUCACUACCGUCAGCAUCUCACCGCCCUGGGCAUACUAUCAUUAAGAAAGACUACGAUUUCUGGAUGGAAUUUUGCUCUGGAUUACUAUAAUUGCUAUAUUUGCUAUAUUCCGUCCGGAAUCGACUCUGCGCGAAAAGUUUAAACCAUGGGGCGUGGAUCUGGACCGACGAUGACCGUUCUGUGCUUCAAUCCAGGAAAUCGCCUUAAAGAAAAAUUACAAGAUGCAGCUAUUUAUCACUGACAAAAUACACAACAGCUCACCUUCAUCAUAGCAAUUUUACGUGUACACUAUAUGUGGAAACGGGAUUUUUUUUUUUCCUUCCUUCAUUCCUUUUUUUUUUUUUGCAUAUCUCUCCAUAGACUUGGCUGAUGAGAUAAGAUCCUUUAUCAGCAUUAGAUCCGCCUCUAAGAUAAAAAAGGAUAUUGCAUUGUCUGCUUGACUAAGAUUAUCUAUGUGGAAUAUAACAUUCAGCAGAAAAACCCAGGAACAAAACCAUAAUCAGAUGUUAAUGUCACUUUGAGGAUCUGUCCCCAGUUCUCACCCUCUUCUGAGCUCCCUGUUAUUCUCUACCAUGAAUCCAAACAGCUUAUCUGGAUGUUUUCUUAUGCUGCUAAGUACCAUGCUGGGGCUAAGCAUAGGCUUGGAGUUUACUGGCUCUGAAGGUCAGUGGGCUCGCUACCUGCGCUGGGAUGCCAGCACCAGAAGUGACCUGACCUUUCAGUUCAAGACUUCAGAACCAGAGGGCCUGAUGCUCUACUUUGAUGAUGGCGGAUAUUGUGACUUUCUGCUUCUCACUGUAUCUGAGGGUAGGCUGCAGCUUCGCGUCAGUAUCGACUGUGCCGAGACCACCAUCACCUCUGAUAAAAUGGUUAACGACAGCCGCUGGCACUUUGCCGCCAUCAACAGGCACAAUUUGUGGACUGGCAUGGCCGUGGAUGGCCAGACCAAGACAGAAGAGGUGCGGCCCCAGCGGCAGUUCAUGAAGAUUGUCAGUGACCUCUUUCUCGGAGGCCUCCCAGGGGACAUCCGCACAUCUGCCAUCACCCUGCCCUCUGUCCGCGAGCUACCGCCGUUCAAAGGAAUUAUCACAGACCUCAGUUAUGGGAGUAAGCUGCCCACACUUAUCAAUAGUCAGAAAAUACGCUUGGAGAUGAUGGGCCUAUGCACAGAGAACCCCUGUGAAAAUGGUGGGAUCUGUUCACUGGCAGAUGGAGAACCCUACUGUGACUGCUCCAAAACUGCAUAUGCAGGUCGAUACUGCACUGAAGCAGUCCAGAGAAAACCAGGCCUCGCACACCUGAAGGCAGAGCAAGGUAGAAGCAAAGCGAGGGAAGAGAAUGUGGCCACUUUCCGCGGCUCGGAGUACUUCUGCUAUGACCUGUCACAGAACCCCAUCCAGAGCAGCAGCGAUGAGAUCACGCUGUCCUUCAAGACCUGGCAGCGCAACGGCCUCCUCCUCCACACGGGGAAAUCCGCAGAUUAUGUCAACCUGGCACUGAAAGAUGGGGCAGUCUCUCUCGUCAUCAAUCUGGGUUCUGGCGCUUUUGAGGCCAUCGUCGAGCCGGUCAAUGGAAAAUUCAAUGACAACAGCUGGCACGACAUCAAAGUGACACGCAACCUGAGACAGGUCACAAUCUCCGUUGAUGGGAUCCUCACCACCACUGGCUACACCCAGGAAGACUACACCAUGCUGGGAUCUGAUGAUUUUUUCUACGUGGGUGGGAGCCCCAGCACUGCAGACCUGCCUGGUUCUCCAGUUAGCAACAAUUUCAUGGGCUGUCUGAAAGAGGUGGUGUACAAGAACAAUGAUAUCCGCCUGGAGCUCUCCCGCCUUGCUCGCAUUGUUGACCCAAAGAUGAAACUUCAGGGUGAUGUGGUCUUCAAGUGCGAAAACGUUCCCACCCUUGACCCCAUCAACUUUGAGACCCCGGAUUCCUAUUUGGCCUUGCCAAAAUGGAACACCAAGCGUGUGGGCUCCAUCUCCUUUGACUUCCGCACCUCUGAACCCAACGGGCUGAUACUCUUCACCCAUGGUAAGCCUCAGGACCGGCGGGAUGCAAAGGGUCAGAAGAACAACAAGGUGGACUUCUUUGCUGUGGAGUUGCUGGAUGGAGGGCUGUACUUGUUGCUAGACAUGGGCUCCGGGACCAUCAAGGUCAAAGCCACACAGGCUAAGGUCAAUGAUGGCUCCUGGCACCAUGUGGACAUUCAGAGAGAUGGUCGCUCAGGCAUCAUCUCAGUAAACAGCCGUCGGACCCCUUUCACAGCCAGCGGGGAAAAUGAGAUCUUGGACCUGGAGGGGGACCUUUAUCUGGGUGGUCUGCCUGACAACCGAGUGGGCUUGGUGCUCCCGACUGAGCUCUGGACUGCCAUGCUCAACUACGGCUAUGUGGGCUGUGUUCGGGAUCUCUUCAUUGAUGGACGCAGCAAGGACAUCCGGCAGAUAGCUCAGUCACAGAACAUGACCGGCAUCAAGUCUUCGUGUAGUAAGACGACAGGGAAACAGUGUGACAGCAACCCCUGCAAGAACAAUGGGGCCUGUAAAGAGGGAUGGAACCGCUUCAUUUGUGACUGCACUGGGACUGGCUUUUGGGACAGUACCUGUGAGAGAGAGGCUUCGAUCCUCUCUUAUGACGGCAGCAUGUAUAUGAAGGUGGUGAUCCCGAACAUCAUCCACACCGAGGCCGAGGACGUGUCCCUCCGCUUCAUGUCCCAGCGAGCGUUCGGCCUGCUCAUGGCCGCCACGUCCCGCGAUUCUGCAGACACGCUGCGGCUCGAGUUGGACAGUGGAAGGGUCAAACUAACGGUCAACCUAGACUGUGUCAGGAUAAACUGUAACACCAGCAAGGGCCCUGAGGUUCUUUAUGCCGGACAAAAACUCAACGACAAUGAGUGGCACUCAGUACGAGUGGUCCGCCGCGGUAAAAACUUCAAACUCACUGUGGAUGACGACAUGGCUGAAGGUCAGAUGGCGGGUGACCACACCCGUCUAGAGUUCAACAAUGUGGAGACAGGAAUCUUGACUGAGAGACGCUUUGUUUCAUCUGCUCCUUCACCCUUUAUUGGUCAUCUUCAGAGCUUAAAGUUCAACGGCAUGCAGUACAUUGACAUGUGCAAGAAUGGGGACAUCGACUUCUGUGAACUCAACGCUCGCUUCGGCAUGCGAUUCAUCAUCGCUGACCCCGUGACAUUCAAGACUAAGGGCAGCUACCUGGGCUUGGCUACUCUGCAGGCCUAUACUACAAUGCACCUCUUCUUUCAGUUCAAAACCACCUCGCCCGAUGGUUUCAUCAUCUUCAACAGUGGAGAUGGGAACGACUUUAUUGCCGUAGAGCUGGUUAAAGGAUUUAUCCACUAUGUGUUCGACCUGGGAAAUGGGCCCAGUCUGCUGAAAGGAAACAGUGACAACCCACUGAAUGAUAACCAGUGGCACAAUGUGGUCAUUACCCGAGAUGCUUCCAACACACACACACUCAAGGUGGACACAAAGUCAGUCACACAGAAUGUGAACGGAGCCAAGAACCUGGACCUCAAAGGUGACCUGUUCAUUGGAGGGUUGGGACCUAACAUGUAUCAGAAUCUCCCCAAGCUGGUGGUUUCUCGGGAGGGCUUCCAGGGGUGCUUGGCCUCGGUUGACCUCAAUGGGCGUCUGCCAGACCUCAUCAGUGACGCCCUUUUCCGCAGUGGGCAGAUUGAGCGUGGCUGUGAAGUUGGUUUCACCAAAGCCGACCUGCAAGGCCCCAGUACCACCUGCCAGGAGGAUUCGUGCGCUAACAUGGGCGUGUGCAUCCAGCAGUGGGAGAACUUCACUUGUGACUGCUCAUUGACGUCUUACACGGGGACCCACUGCAACGACCCUGGCACAACCUACAUCUUUGGCAAAGGAGGGGGUCUGAUCACAUACACGUGGCCGAAUAACGAGAGGCCCAGCACACGAACGGACCGGCUUGCUGUGGGCUUCAGCACCACCAUAAAAGAUGGCAUCCUUGUCCGCAUCGACAGCGCUCCACGUCUGGGUGACUACAUCAUGCUCCACAUUGAACAAGGCAAAAUAGGUGUGACAUUCAACAUUGGAACAGUGGACAUCAGUGUUAAGGAGGUAAACACACCGGUAAACGAUGGCAAAUACCAUUUGGUGCGAUUCACCAGGAAUGGGGGCAAUGCAACCUUGCAGGUGGACAACUGGCCAGUCAAUGAGCACUUUCCCACAGGCAACAGCGACAUUGAGCGCUAUCAAAUGGCAAAUAAGAAAAUCCCGUUCAAAUAUACCCGGCCAGUAGAAGAUUGGCUUCAGGAGAAAGGCCGGCAGUUGACAAUCUUCAACACCCAGGCCACUAUCUCAAUCGGUGGGAAUGACCGGAAGCGGCCCUACCAGGGUCAGCUCUCCGGCCUCUAUUACAAUGGCCUCAAAGUCCUCAACAUGGCCGCCGAGGGCCACGUUAACAUCAAGGUGAACGGCAGCGUGCGCCUGGUGGGCGAUGUCCCCACCAGCCGGGGCGCGGCGCGCACCACCACCUCGGUACCACCGGAGAUGUCCACCACCUUUAUAGAGACUACCACCACUCUGUCUACCACAACCACCCGCAAACAGCGUUCACCACCCACUAUUCAGACAACAGAUGACAUUGUUUCAUCAGCAGAGUGCUCCAGCGACGACGAGGACCUGGAAGAGUGCGACUCCGGACAUGCAGGAGGGGAGCUAGUUAUCCCCGUGCUAGUCGAGGACCCCAUAGACAUCCCUUCUGUAUCCACCCGUUCUCCCUUCAUCCCCCUCCCCCCAACCCUCCGCCCUGUCCUCACCAUUAUUGAGACCACCAAAGAAUCCUUGGCCAUGGCCACUGAGGCGGGGGUACCUUGCUUGUCGGACCGAGGCAGCGAUGAUUGUGAUGAUGGUGAUGGUGGUGAUGAUGGUGAUGAUGAUGAUGAUGAUGGCAUGGUGAUUUCGGGGUUUGGCUCUGGCGAAGCUUUCGACUCUAGCCUGCCCCCGACUGACGAUGAAGAUUUUUACACCACCUUCUCCCUGGUAACAGAUAAGAUCUUGACCACAUCGGCCUAUGAAGGCGGCUACAAAGCCCUCGCGCCCAAGUGGGAGGCCAAGGACUUGAGGCCUAGCAAAGCCUCUGAGGCAGGUAGGACUACACCCACCUCGCCUCUGCCCGACCUCCGGGGCACGCCGCCGGCGGCGGUCCCCUCGGACACGCCACCCAAGCUGCCUGCCGGGAAAAUGAACAACCGCGAGGUAAAACCCCCGCAGCCGGACAUAGUCCUGCUGCCCCUGCCCACGUCCUUCGAUCUGGACGGCACCAAGCCACGAGGCCCCUUCAUCACCUCGCCCAUGCUGCGCACAGUGCCUGCCGCCCUGCCCACAGUGCCCGGCGUGGUGCGGCGGGUGCCUCCGGGGGCCUCAGAGGUGAUCCGGGAAUCCAGCAGUACCACGGGCAUGGUGGUGGGCAUUGUCUCAGCCGCCGCCCUCUGCAUCCUCAUUCUCCUCUACGCCAUGUACAAGUACAGGAACAGGGACGAGGGUUCCUACCAGGUGGACGAAACACGCAACUACAUCAGCAACUCGGCGCAAACCAAUGGCGCUGUGGUGAAGGAUAAAACACCCAGCGGCAGCGCCAAAGGCAGUGCCAGUAGCAAGAGACCGAAAGACAAGGACAAGGAAUAUUAUGUAUAGAAAUCAAGUCAUUUCCCAACCCAUGAAACAACAAACUGUUUGGAACAAAGUUAAGAACAUUUUGACAGUACCAUAUUGGCAACUGUGAUUUAAAAAGAAUAAAAUCGCUUUAGAACUCAAGACUUACUGAGUCACUGAAACAUUUACAAAAAGAACUUUGGCUUAUGGAAGCACACUUACUAUUGUAAGCAUUACAGAGAGACAAUGCAGUACGACUUCACCGGGACUCAGCGUGAACAUUUUUAAGGAGUCCCUGCUGGAGACAUUUGGCAGUGUGAAUAACAUCACUUUAGCACCCACACGACCCCAAGUGACUGUCAAAGAGGUGUGUGAUCCUUGGAGUUCUUAUGACCUUGUCCAUUGUAACCCUGUAAAAUACGAUCACUGUCAUUUCGGCCAUUCUGAGCAUGCAUGUGAGGUGUAUGUGAUGUGGUGCUGGCAUCUGUGUAAGUGAGGGACCUCAAGAAACAAUGAUUGUUGGGAAACUUGGAAGUCAAACCCUGAUUUCACGUUGCAAAGCGGUUUCAUUAAAUGUAGCUUUCAUGGAUGCGAUAUGAGGUAAAGUAUACGUGUACUAAAAGCUGUCUUUUUAUUUCUAGCUUUUCUUUUGUUUUUUAUUGAAUAGUUUAUAUAUUUAUUUAUUGAAUUUCAGUUUGUUUGGUUUUUUGGUUUUUUAAGGAUGAUGGCCGGUCAGGGUUGACUAGGCAGAGCUCAGCAGGAUGUAAUACAGUAAUGUAUUUCAAUAUUUCUCCCUCCCUCACAUCUCAAUUUAAAGAUUGGACUGCUGUGCACGGCAUCCAAAUUCUAGAUGGCGUUCAAGCGUGCAGGAGUGGAUCCACCAGGCAAACUGUACAAUGCAUUGUUAUUUCUCUGAGUUCAAAAUGUCUGUUAGCAUUUGUUUUCUUUUCCCUUUUUCAUUUUUUUUUUCCUUCUGCUUCCUUUUACAUUCACUGAUACAACCAUGAAUUGUGUCUGAUGAAGAUGUAAUUGUCACAAUCGUAAAGAAAAGAAAAAAAAAAUAUCCAGGCUGAAGACGUACUCCGGUGUGAACAAGUGUGAUGCUAUCUGUUGUCACAGACUACUGUGUCAAAAACAGCAAACAUGUUUACAUAUUUUAUUACAUCUAGCCGUCGUGCUUUGCAGGUCAGAUGUUGUACAGAAGAUUCAAGUUCCUGUUGGGUUCUUUUUUUUUUUUAUCCUCUUCUCGUAUAGAUGGACCAUUUGAUUUGAUUUUUUCUGCUGUAGCAACAUGACUCAAAAAAAAAAAAAAACAAACAAACAAAAGAAAGAAAAAGAAAAUUUUUUAUUCUUUUGCCUGGAGAUGAGAAAUGAUGUGCACAGGAACAUUUGUUUAGGCAGGGAACAAAUGCUGUUAGAUGAGAAGCCUGGUCUCUCUGGAUGGUGUUUCUCUUCAGCCGCAUGAAUAUUUGACCGUCGGAAGCUGUCAGUCGGAUAGAAGACGCCUCCCUCAGAUCUUUGUGUUAGGGACUCCUCCUUAUUCUGAAGUUGCUUUCAUCAUGUUAUUUAUUUAUUUUUUUAUUGGAAAUUUAAAAGAAAAAAAAAACAGAAACAAGAGAAUAAAGACAGAUUAUGAUGGAUUUGGAGAUCUGUUGCUAGCACCUUACUGACUUUCAGGUGUUUCUUUAGUUCCUUUUCUUUUUUUACUGUAUCGUCUCGUCCGAUCAACUUGUCGUUUUUUUUGCUUUUAAUUUUUUUUUUUUCUGUUAUUGUAUAGCUAAUUUCAUGUUUCAUUUAUACAACAUUAUCUUCCGGCAAUAUGUUGUUGUUGUUUUUUUAUGUCAUUAUUUAUUGCUGAAAUUAUUUGUCCUCCUUCAUUUUCAUGCAGAUCAGUCAGUGUGUAUGUUCACUUUGAUUUUUUUUUUUUUUUUUUUGUGUUGAUAUUUGGCUUUUUCAACCAGUUAAUUAUUGUCUUCUGCUCCUUUUGACUCCAAACAAUUCCCAGAAAUAAAAAAAAAAAAGUUGUUCCCAAA